AUUUUGCACCCCAAUAGGAGAAUUCACUCUUCUUUGAACUGUACCCACUUUGGGGGCUGCUUCAGGCGACGUUGAGUGAGGAGAGCAUAGGAGGUUAGCAAAGUCAGUGGAAGACAAAAGCUGAGAUUAUCUGCUGAGACUAGGGGUGCUGGGGAUAGACUCGGAACUACAUUAACAUCUGUCAGGGACUCUCAAAUGUGGCAUGGCAAGUCACUUGAUUACACGUAUGUUAUUUAGUUAAAUUUGUGAAAAUUAUGAGAUGCUCACAGACCCGGUGAUAAACUCGCUCCCUUCCUAUUGGCUGGCCUGGUCACAUGGCCGCCCAACUUUAUUCAGUUGACAGCAAGUAGGAGGGCCCAAUGGAAGGAGAAAAAAAGACAACACGAGAAAAAUUAGUAUUUUCUACCUUCUGAAAUUAAUGGCCAUGAGUUCGUAUAUGGUGAACUCUAAGUACGUGGACCCCAAGUUUCCUCCGUGCGAGGAAUAUUUGCAGGGUGGCUACCUAGGCGAACAGGCAGCCGAUUACUACGGCAGCGGCACACAGGGAGCCGACUUCCAGCCCUCGGGGCUCUACCCACGGCCCGACUUCGGUGAGCAACCCUUCGGAGGCGGCGGGCCAGGGCCUGGCUCAGCGCUGCCAGCGCGGGGUCACGGACAGGAGCCAAGUGGCCCAGGAAGUCACUACGGGGCCCCGGGAGAGCCGUGCCCAGCGCCCCCGCCUGCGCCCCUGCCUGGCGCCCGGGCCUGCAGCCAGCCCACCGGCCCCAAGCAGCCGCCCCCGGGGACAGCACUCAAGCAGCCUGCUGUGGUCUACCCCUGGAUGAAGAAGGUGCACGUGAAUUCGGUGAACCCCAACUACACCGGCGGGGAGCCCAAGCGUUCCCGGACGGCCUACACCAGACAGCAAGUCCUAGAACUGGAAAAGGAAUUUCAUUUUAACAGGUAUCUGACCAGACGCCGUCGGAUUGAAAUCGCUCACACCCUGUGUCUGUCUGAGCGCCAGAUCAAGAUCUGGUUCCAGAACCGGAGGAUGAAGUGGAAAAAAGACCACAAACUGCCCAACACCAAGGGCAGGUCUUCUUCUUCCUCAUCUUCUUGCUCCUCGUCAGCUGCCCCUGGCCAGCAUUUGCAGCCCAUGGCCAAAGACCACCACACGGACCUGACGACCUUAUAGAAGUGGGGAUCGAUCGUGGGCCCAUCCCUUUCUCCUUGCUCUCCAGGUGGAGGCGAAGCUGCGGGUGCAGGCGGGGCCUGCUGUCACCUCGCUGGGCUCUAAGGUACUGUGGGGGUGGACCUGGGACACACAGACCGCCCUCGGACUAGGUUACCAUCUUGCCCGAGGGUAGCCCCCUCCCUAAAGGGAUGGGGUGGGAGGGUGGGCGGGCUUCUUUAAGUAUAUUAUCAUAUGGCAGGAGCUACUGAGAACAUAAAACCUUGGCGAGUCAUUAAACUCAUGAAAAUCUC